AUGUCGACGGAUUCUGGAGUUCUUCGUCCUCCCGUCUGCCUGCUCGGGAGGGUUUCGAGGCGUCUGCCUUCUCAUCUUUCAUCUUCGUUUGCCGUUCCCUCACCCUUCGUUCUCGUCUGCGGGAACGCGAGAAGGAACUCUCGACAAAAAGACUCGUCUGUACAAGCAACAAGAGGACGUGACUUGGCCCACAUCGGCCUUGUCGCGCUUCUCACAACAGGCUCAAAAACGAACAGUCGAUCUUUCUUCGCUCUCCACAGUCCUAAAACGACUGCUGCUUCGUCGAUUUUCUCCGUGUAG